AUGAUGCUCAACUCUGCCCAACUUCGCAUCUACCGUCUCGUCUUUGGGGUGAAAAGAGGACAACAGGAGAACUGGGUCGACUACAACAAACGUAGCCUGCGCACCAUCAGGGCCUGGAUGUCAGCUAAUGGGGUGGAAAGAUGGAGUACGCGCGUCACCAAGUUCCAGUAUUCUUUGCUGGGGCAUUGGUGUCGUCGUAGAGAAGGUGACGAAGAGUGCAUGACCGCCCUGAUGUUGGGGUGGCGCAACCUCAAAUGGUGGAGAGCUGAGCAGAAGAACGUUGCCAACGGCAAGAGGCACCCACGACGGUUUCAUGCUACGAACACUGAGCGUGACAUUGCUGAGGCUCUGGGGGUGGACUGGAUGUGCCAUGGACUCGAUCCCGACAAAGUAGUCUGGAAGAUGCUUGAGGGUUGGACCGUGUUUUUCGUGAGUGCGUCGGAGGUCGCCCUCCACAACAAGCUCGCCAACAUCGUGUACAUUGGGAUGACCAGUGGGAUGAUGCACCGGCUGGCCACAGUGAAGAGUGGGGAGGCAUGGAACCACACCCUGAACCCGCUGCUGGUGGGACGCACAGUUGGCAAGCCGCCAAUGGCAACCUUGGGCCUGGUCAAUGGGGAGAACAGUGGUCACCCAACACAUGGGCUGCCUCCAAUGACUUGGGACCUGGACAAUGGGGUGAACAAUGGACUUCGGACACUUGGUCUACAUGGCCCUCGGCGUCGACAUGGUCUUCUUGGAGCUCAUCGCCUUCCUGGUCUUCUUCCUCUACCUGGCAACAACGCAACGAUGUUCAAGAACGAGGGGGGUGGCAAGGUCGUGUACCCGAACAUGGACAUGGUGCGCAAGCUCGCUGGGAUGCCUGGGACUGGACGCCGUCUUCCUCACACACUAUGCGAGGACGCGUCGGUGACAGGACUACGUCUUCCUCCUCCUCGUGGCACCAAAAUGCUGGUUCCGACCAUGGGGGGUGGCAAAGACGUGAUCCGGAACCUGGUCAACAACGUGAACAAGAUCGCCGGAACAAUUGGGAUGGACCUUCUUCCUCUUCACACGAGACACCACGAACUACCACAGGGAGGGGUGUCCCGAACCAUGACCGCCAUGACACGUCGGAGCCUACGGAUGGGACGCGCUUUCUGUAUGUGCCGGGAUGGGGUCGUGGCGCUCCUCUACAUCCACAAGAACUUCGGGCCAAGGGUUUCUACAGACACAGCGAAUGGGUGGACCGCCAAAGAGACGACUGGGAGGAGAGGUUCCACCGCGGUGGAGGUGGUGACACUCGUACUCAACGACGUGAGGGUCGUCAACGUGAUUGGGAUGAUGGGUCGUUCAGACCAGUGGCUUUUUGGCGGGCCUACAACCGUGGGGCGGACUACCAGAUCGACGACUCGGCCCGAGCAACACUACGGGAAAUUUUGCGCGCCUCAGAUCCCAUGCAGGGACGUCAUCAUGAAGCGGGGGCGUCUAGCUCUAGCAACACACCCCACGUUGGGACUUCUCAAGUUCAACACCAAUGGCGCAGCCGUGGGGCGUCUGGCGGUGUCACAUCUCCUUGGUGGACCUUGCAACAAUGGAGAGACUGGGGUGACUGGCACCAAGCACCGCGGUCAAUGGACACUUCACCCUCUGAUGGCGCCGACGAAGUUGGGGUGGACUGGUCUAUCUCUGGGCUGCCCUCUGUUGAUGACCUACUACGUCUUUGGGAGGCACUGGGUCGUCGUACCACAAGUCGACAACGACGCUGGGGAUGAAGUCAUGAUGAUGCAGCGGGGUGCCCCUUCUUCCGCCCCCAACAACGUCGCGGACGAGGAGAGAGACGAGCUCAUUUCUGUGGGGUGGACCGACUCGAUGCUGGCCAACCUCAACAACAUGCUCGAGUUCCUUCAGGAUGUUGGUGACAGUGGUGGGGUGGAGCACGUGGCGUGGGCGCUUGGGAUGUGGGCCUAUAGCAACAUCCUUGCGGAGACGACGGUGGAGCUGGUCAACGACGUCCUCUUUCGCCGCGUCCAAGGGGAUGCAUGGUUCACGGCCAACGACAUUGGGGAGCCCGCCCCGCGCACACCAGCUGGAGAAAUGCUGCAGUUUAACAACACGGCUCGUGCUCUCAGCGUGGCCCGUCAGAGGGCUCGUGCCAUGAUCCAGCGAGCCAGAGCUGCUGCAGCUACCACUUCGGGGGCGGCUCCCUCGUCUGGACACAACGCUUCCGCUCCUGGGGUGGCCACCUCAUCUGGUAGCAAUGACCCCUCACCUGGGGGUGCAACCACGUUGGAUGCUGCGCCGCUGGCUACUGGCGCUGCAAAUGAUGAAGUUCCUCCCGAGGUCGCUUCGGAUGUGGACUCUGGGGUGAACAUACCAAUGAGCGAGGAUGGGGAGAACGAUGCCACAACUUUAAUGCAGCUGACACCUGCCGAGGAGGAGCAACUGCAUCAGCUCGGGGUGGAUGACCGUGUACGACGCCAACUUCGAGACCUACUUCGUGGACUUUGUGAACAAGAAGGCAGAGGGGUGGGAGCAGAACACCGUUGGGGCGUUGCACAAGUGGUGGAGGCUGCGCGCCAUGCAGAAGGGGUGACUCGCGUCUUGGUGGAGAUCCUCGAGCGUCGUAC